AUGUCUGCCGGUCGCCCGCGCGCCACCCCGUCCGUCUGCGCCGACCUGCCCCCGCUCCCCUCCGCCUCCUUCGCGCUCUUCGCCAAGACACCCGCGCUCUUCCCCCCGCGCCCUCCGCACGCCCUCAGAUCCCGCGCUGCGCGCGUCGCCAUCUCCGCGCUGGCCGCUGUGGCGCUCGCCCUCGCCGCGCUAUGCCUCCUCCGCGGGUCCUCACCAGCGCCUCUCUCCCCGUCCCCUUCCGCCGCGUCCGCGCACCUUCUGCUCGCCAGCGAACAGCCCGCCGCUCCCUCCGCGCGCGGAUCCCCCGCGCGCUUCAUCCUCUACCGCAUGAUCGGGAACGACAUGCCGCCGCUGCAGUGCGACGGGCAGCUGUACCUGAACACUUUAUACGCGUUACAGCACGAGCCCAAGGACCUGCCGGAGCUGCGGCGCGUGUGGGUGAUGAACAAGAUGCUGAACGACUCGGAGGAGGCGCGAAUCACGGCCGCCAUUCUCGCCCACGGGUAUCCCGAGGAGGUGCGCGCGGGGCAUCGGCAUGUG